UGCUUUUGGCAAACGUCAUGGCUUAGAGCAUAAGAAAGCAAAACUCUGCAUCUAUUGCUAUAUAAAUCUUUGUUCAAGGUUCACAAUUGAACCACUGUAGCUGAAUAAUCAUUUCCUAGUUACCCUAUUCUUUCAGAUAUUCGACAUGAGAUUGGUUUCAUGGGGACUAUUAUUACUCUUGGUUUCAUGCACAACAUACUCAUCAACCGCUCUGGGGAAACCUGAGAACAACAUAAAAACAUCUGUUUUUUUAUCACCCAAGUUUGAGCUAGGUCCAGGGUCAGUUGCAAACAAAUUUUAUUUUGAUGUUGAUUUUCCAAGAGGCCAUAUUGCACUCAAAAGUUUCAAUGCUGAAGUGGUUGAUGAGGCAGGGAAAUCAGUACCUCUGCAAGAAACAUAUCUCCAUCACUGGAUUGUAGUAAAGUACCACCAACCUAAGAAUGUGUCACACAAUAACAACCAAACAGAUAUUGUUGAACUGAGAAACAGUGGGUUGUGCCAGGAAGAUGUUCUUGGGCAGUAUUUUGGGCUUGGAUCUGAAACAAGAGGAACUGCCACUGAUAUUCCAGACCCUUUUGGGAUAGAAAUUGGAAACCCUUCAGAAAUUCCAUAUGGUUAUGAGGAGAAGUGGUUCUUCAAUGUGCAUGCCAUUGACACAAGGGGUGUGGAAGAUAGGAUGGGGUGCACUGAGUGCAGGUGUGACCUAUAUAAUGUUACAAAGGAUGGGAAUGGAAAACCUUUGAGUCCAUAUUACAAAGGAGGUUUGGAUUGUUGCCCUGAUAAUUCCCACUGCAGGUUGAAGAAAGGCUUCAAGGGUCCAAAGAGAAGCCUAUAUCUGAGAUACACAGUGAAGUGGAUCAACUGGGAUAACUAUGUGGUGCCCCUUAAGAUUUAUAUACUUGAUGUGACUGAUAUUUUGAAUGUGUCCAAAGGAAUGAGUCCAAAGCAUACUUGCAAGAUUGAGUAUCAGGUUGAAGCUUGCAGCAAAGGCUACAACAGUAGUAGUGCUUGCAUUGAUGUAAGGAAAACAAGCCUCCCAAUGCAAACUGGUGGUUAUGUAAUCUAUGGUGUUGGUCAUGUACACUCAGGUGCAACUGCUUCAACUCUAUAUGGACAGGAUGGGGGAGUGAUUUGUUCUUCAAUACCAAAAUAUGGAAAUGGAAAUGAAGCAGGAAAUGAGAAAGGGUAUGUUGUAGGAAUGUCCACAUGUUAUCCUAAACCAGGUUCUAUCAAAAUAAAAGAUGGUGAAACCGUAACUCUAGAGGUUAGAUACAGCAACAGCCAAAUGCACUCUGGAGUAAUGGGGCUUUUCUACAUCUUGGUGGCAGAACAACUUUCAUAUUAACACAACCUUUGAAAUUUCUGUGUCUUAAUGAUACCUGUGAUAUCAUUUUGGAAGUGGAUCCAAGACACUAUUCUAUCAUAUCUAUAUGAAUAAGUGGAAUAAAAUAAAGGUAGCACUGUGAUUUGUAAUAUAA